AUUGUAUGGCCAGCCUUAGUCCUUGUUGGGGAGAUUUGCUUUCACUUCCUGUCCCCUUUCACUAGGAAAGGAAGUGAGUGGUAAUUUUUCCAAAGGUGUGAAAAAGUGGGGAACACCUCUUUCAAGGUUGACAGUGAAGGACAGAUUUCCUCUCACUUCUCAUACCUAAGCACUCCUGUAUGAUUACAACCUUUUGUCCAGGUUCUGCCCUUGUGUUAUGCAGCUCAAAGAAAAUCUGCCAAUGCCAGCUAUGCAUCUGCCUUCUGAAGGGCAGGGUUGCCACCUCAUCCCUUUAACCCUAGGUUCAUAUCUGUGCGGGUGGUGCCACUCCGGAUCCGCACAAAAAUCUGUGCAGCCGCACCACCCGCACCGAGAAAUGCGGACCCGCGGGUGGGUGCCAUUACUUCUAAUGGCACGCUGCCCGCACUGGAAAAUGCAACUGUACUGGGAACCGGGGUUCCCGCGCGGGCUGCGUUUGCCAAAGGAGUACAGGGACUUCUUCCCUGCGUGGCACGGGCACGGGAGUCCAUUCAAAUGAAUGGGCUCU